AUGAGCACCGAGACCAAUUCUAGCGCCAGAAUCAUUAUCAGACCAUGCGGAGCCUGUAGAUACUUACAAAAGAAAUGCCUCGACAAUUGCAUAUUCGCACCUUACUUUAAUUCCGAUCAAGGAACUGCCAAUUUCGCGUCGAUUCAUAAGAUAUUCGGAGCAAGCAACGUUACAAAACUUCUAACGAAUAUUCCGAUCGACAAACGGCCCGAGGCAGUUAGGACUUUAAAUUAUGAAGCUUAUGCUCGUCUCCAAGAUCCUAUUUAUGGUUGUGUAUCUCAAAUCUUUGGUCUCCAAAAUCAGGUGAUCAAUCUUCAACGAGAGAAUGCGUGGUUGCAAGCCCAAGUAGCCAGGCAGCCGCCACCUCUGCAGCCAUAUCAGCACCAGCCACAUCAGCAACAGCCACAGUAUUCUUUGUCCAUGUCGGACUACCCAUUGGUUGGCGGCGCCACCUAUGACAUGGCACCUCUCUUUGAGUUUGAUCCAAAUAUUGGAUCAUCUCAACAACAGGAUUCAUGGGCAGCCAAUCAGCAGCCGUUCCAUGAUGAUCACAACACUUUCGCCGGUGUUCCGGUGGGAGGUGGCGACGGCGGUGGUGGAGAAGAGUUACUGAUGAGGAAUCAACGAGGAAGAAAAAGAUCUGCCCCAAGCAUGCCACCUGGCACUAAUUGA